AUGUUAUUGCUUGGAGAUACGGAGUGCGGCAAAGCAUGUCUUGCCCGCGCAUGGACGUCAAGCCAACACUCAACACCAGGCUCAGUAACAUCUGCAAUACCAAACACCGGAAAGACAGUUGUCAAUAUCAGAGGCUGUGGGAUUGGCCUUGAUGUGUGGGAUAUAGGUACGGCGGAGGAUUUCAGUAAGACGGAAAGACAAGAAAUAUUGCGUCGUGAUUUCGAUGGGAACACCCAUGUGCUGUUGAUCUGUGUCGACAUCAACAAGCCUAAUGAUUUCGUUGACACAGCGUGCACAUGCAACGCAAAAGCUCGAGAUUAUUUCCCUGAUGUGCCACGAGUACUUGUCGGAUGCAAUAACGACCUCCGCCUAGGCACAUCAGAGCGCAAAAAUUUGAAAUCCCAACACAUACCGCCUUUUGCUUCUUCCUGGGGUCACAAGUUAGCAGCAAGCAUACAUGCGUUGGCGUACUUUGAGGUAUCAAAAUCCGACAACCAAGGCUCAUCGGAUCUAUUUGACUUUGUUGGAGCAUAUAUGUUGAGAUAUACAGUCAAAUGA